UUGACAGCCACAGCCAGCCGACUCCGCUCGCUGCCUCCUCUCUCUCUUCAAAUCCGCACCAUGUUGAUGCAAGCGAUUUGCUAUUGUUAUUUUCUUUGUUAAUCUAUUUGGUUCGCGGGAAUCUGUAGAAAACGAAAAGAAAGUGGAAUCGUGGGUCAUACCUACAAGUUUAUUUUUCUUUGUUUUUGAAAAGAAAAGCUCUCAGUCGGCGGAAUAGUUGUCUGAGUUUUAGUCUGUAAUGAUUUUUCUGUCGCUAUUGAUGCUCUUUUAGUUUUGGCUGUGCAUUUGAUGCGUUUGAUGAUAAAAAACUGCUUCAGAGCCGAAGCUUGGCGUUCAAAUUUGAUGGAAUGCGAUCUUAUUGCUCUGAAGAUGCGUAGCCCACCGCCUGGUUUUCGAUUUCAGUUCCCCAAUAAGCUUCGUACCAGUUCGAAGUCACCGUUGGUUUCUGUUAGAUUGAAUUCUUCGUCUUCUGCUGCUUUAGAUGUUGUAGAAUCGAACCCCACCAGUGAUUCGGAUUCCUCCGCUACCCGAAACUCGCCGAGUCAUUUUCAUGAAAGGUUUCAUAGAAAACCCAGAAAGGAAACGGUUCGUGAUUGGGCUAAUUCAGUCUUGUCGAGGGAGAAGAUUGAAAAGAAUGUAAGAAGUAGACCUUUGAGUUUGGAUAGUAAGGAACGGUUAAGACGUUAUUCUGGGAUGCUGCGUACUUGUGCUUCGAAAGGGUCUUUGAAUGAGGGAAUGGCCAUUCAUGGGCAGGUGAUCAAGAAUGGGAUAGACCCGGACUCUCAUUUGUGGGUUUCUUUGGUCAAUGCUUAUGCAAAAUGUGGGAGUCCCGUGUAUGCGCGCCGAGUGCUUGAUGAGAUGCCUGAACAGGAUGUUGUGUCUUGGACUGCACUGAUACAAGGGGUUGUGGCCGAAGGAUUAGGUAGUGAAGGUGUUAAUUUGUUUUGUGAGAUGAAGAGGGAAGGUGUAAGGCCUAAUGAGUUCACGUUGGCUUCCGUGUUGAAAGCUUGUGUUAUGUCAAUGGAUUUGAAGUUUGGGACGCAGGUGCACGCAGAAGCAAUCAAAGUUGGGUGCUUCUUGGAUUUGUUUGUUGGGUCUACUCUUGUUGAUCUUUAUGCCAAAUGUGGUGAGAUGGAACUUGCGGAAAGAGUGUUCUUUUGCAUGCCUGAGCAAAAUGGUGUCUCAUGGAAUGCCUUGCUUAAUGGUUAUGCCCAGGUGGGUGGUUGGAAAGAAGUAUUGAAUCUGUUUUGUAGAAUGAGAGAAUCAGAAAUGAAGUUUAGCAAGUUCACCUUGUCUACUGUCCUUAAGGGUUGUGCGACCUCAGGGAGUUUGAGAGAAGGCCAGGCUGUGCAUUCUGUGGCAAUCAAAAUGGGGUGUGAACUAGAUGAGUUUUUGGGUUGUAGUCUUGUGGAUAUGUACUCUAAGUGUGGGCUGGCAUAUGAUGCACUAAAAGUAUUUAAUAUGAUCAAAAAUCCUGAUGUAGUAGCCUGGAGUGCAAUGAUCACUUGCCUUGAUCAGCAAGGUCAUAGCCGAGAUGCCGCCCAGCUAUUUUUGUUAAUGAGAUAUGCAGGUGUCCCACCAAAUCAAUUUAGCUUUGCAAGUGUUGUUAGCGCUGCCACUGGUUUGGGAUUCCUUCAAUAUGGUGAAAGCAUCCAUGCUUGUAUAUGCAAGUAUGGGUUUGAAAGCGAUAUUUCAGUCAGCAAUGCCUUAAUUACUAUGUACAUGAAAAAUGGAUGUCUACAAGGUGGUGCCCGGGUGUUUGAGGCAAUGACAGAUCAUGUUUUGGUUUCAUGGAAUGCCCUUUUAUCUGGUUGCCAUGGCUACAAAUUCUGCAAUCUAGGACCAAGAAUCUUCUAUCAAAUGCUGGUGGAAGGUUUCAUGCCGAACAUGUACACGUAUGUCAGUGUUUUAAGGUCUUGUUCUAGCCUGUGUGAUCUAGGAUUUGGAAAGCAAGUACACACCCAUAUCAUAAAAAACAGCAUUGAUGGUAAUGAUUUUGUUGGGACAGCUCUUGUUGACUUGUACGCCAAAACCAAGUGCUUGGAAGAUGCAGAUGCCGUUUUCAAUAGGUUGAUUAAUCGAGACCUCUUUACUUGGACUGUCAUCAUCACUGGUUAUGCACAAACUGAUGAAGCAGAGAAGGCUGUUAAGCGCUUUAGUUUGAUGCAACAGGAAGGUGUAAAGCCCAAUGAGUUUACUCUUGCCAGCUGUUUAGGUGGUUGCUCCCGAAUAGCUGCCAUGGAAACUGGGCAGCAACUUCAUUCUUUGGCAAUUAAGGGUGGGCAGUUUGGUGACAUUUUUGUUUCUAGUGCACUUGUUGAUAUGUAUGCAAAAUGUGGGUGCUUAGAAGAUGCUGAGGCUAUUUUUCAGGGCUUUGUUUUUCGGGAUACUGUUGCAUGGAACACAAUGAUAUGUGUAUACUCACAACAUGGACAAGGACAGAAAGCUCUUGAAACCUUUUGGAAAAUGUUAGAUGAAGGCACCAUGCCAGAUUCGGUUACCUUCUUAGGUGUUCUUUCUGCAUGUAGCCACAUGGGUUUAGUUGAAGAAGGGAAAAAACAGUUCAACUCACUGAGCGAAGUAUUUGGGAUUACUCCUACAGUUGAGCAUUAUGCUUGCAUGGUUGAUAUUCUUGGUCGAGCUGGAAAAUUUGAUGAAAUCGAACUCUUCAUCAAGAAGAUGAAGCUAACACCACACGCAUUGAUUUGGGAGACUGUUCUCGGGGCUUGCAAAAUGCAUGGAAAUGUGGAGUUUGGUGAAAGAGCCGCAGAUAAACUUUUUGAGCUUAAACCUGAGAUUGACUCCACUUAUAUAUUGCUGUCCAAUAUUUUUGCAGCCAAAGGUAGGUGGGAUGAUGUCAAAAAGGUCAGGUCAUUGAUGUCCAGUCGGGGUGUUAAGAAGGAACCUGGAUGUAGCUGGGUAGAGAUCAAUGGUCAAAUCCACAUCUUUGUGUCUCAAGAUGUUUCGCAUCCAAAAAUCAGGGAUAUUCAUUUAAAAUUAGAGGAGCUUGGCCAAAAACUAUUAUCAGUAGGUUAUGUCCCAAAAACAGAACGUGUGCUUCAUAAUGUCACUGACAGAGAGAAAAAGGAACAUCUUAAUCAUCAUAGUGAAAGGUUGGCUCUUGCUUUUGCCCUUAUAAGUCCCAACCCUGUAAAAACGAUUAGAAUUUUCAAGAACCUACGCAUCUGUGAAGACUGCCAUGAUGUUAUGAAGCUCAUCUCAGACAUCACCAAUCGGGAAAUAGUUGUUCGUGACAUUAAUCAGUUCCACCACUUUAAGUGUGGCACCUGCUCCUGUCAGGAUUAUUGGUGAUUUGUUUGGCUCCAGAGGUGUUUAGCAAGUUGACCCGUGCUGAAAUUAAACUCUAAUCCUUGGUUUUGGAGUAACCAUGCCCUAAGUGCUAGUACCCAGGGCAAAAAAAACACUUAAAAACUGAGAAUCCAGUUAUUCUAUAUGAUAUCGUGCAGGCUGAUGCUGCUGUUUUGGAUUCUUUUGAUGCAAAUUUUGUUCUCAGAAUCAAGGUUAGCACUGUAUUUUUCAUGUUAAGCCUCCAACAGUUGACGUGUAAUGGAUGGGUAAGAUGAACGGAGAGGGAAGACAGCACACUCUGACAACUUAUUACAAACUGCUGUUUAUUUCAAGAAGAAACCAUUGUUGUGCCGACUGAACUGAAAACUGUCUGGCUUCUUUGCCAUUUGAAGCUUGAAAGCUGCAUGUGAAUCUUGCAAGUGAUGUGGUACCAUUAUGUGCAGGUAUGUCCUGUCCAGAAUUUGAUUGGUACAAUUUUUCAAAGGUAAUAUGAUAUUGCCCGCCUUGGUGCAAGUUGCCUAUGGGAUGACUUGUCUUUGUAGAGACGGUCUUUCCAUUGGCUUGAUGGGAGCAAUUUGAAAGGUACCAAUGCCUCCGGUCCUGAUAAAUGGUGUGGAGAGAUGGCCCUCAAGAAAGCUUUACCGGAUUUGUAUAGCAUAGCUCGCAUUAAAGAUGCUUCCAUAGCGGAUUAUUGAGUUAUCUAGUGGCUCCCAUCAAUAGAAUAUAAGCUUUAUUAGAGUGGCUCACAAUUGGGGGUGAAUGUCUUUGCUUAAUUCUUCAAUUUGUUGUACUCCUUUAGAGUGAGAUGGGGAGGUAAACAAGCUUUGCUGGGCCCAUUCGAAGAGAUGGAUGUUCGACAUUAGAUCGUUAUAUAACAUUCUUGUCCCUCAUGAUAGUAUUCCCUUUCUUUGGAAGAGCAUUUGACGGAAUAAGGUCAUCAUGAGAGCUCUUCUUUGCUUGGUCGGCCGCCAUAAGGAAGAUCCUCACAAUUGAUAACCUAAAGAAGCAGCAUGUCAUGGUAAUUGAUUGGUGUUGUAUGUGUAAAAGGUGUAAGGAGUCUGUAGAUAAUCUUUUUUCUCCACUGUGUGAUUGCUAGUGCCUUAUGAAGUGCUAUUUUCAGUUAUGUUAGACUAUCUUGCUUUAUGCUUAAUCAAGUGAUACACCUUUUUACUUGUUGGAGAAGGUUGAGUGGUAGUCCUCAGAGUGCACCAGAGUGGAAGAUGGUAUUGUCCUGCCUUUUGUGGUGUCUUUGGAAGGAAAUAAAUAAUAAGAGUUUUGAAAACUGGAGAAGGACUCUGGUGGAACAAAUUCUUUCUUUUUCAAUACUCUUUAUCACUAGGUAGAGCUUGGUUUUUAUGAUUUUCUUUUUCUUUUUCUAUUUAAGUGUUUUUCUUGUAUAUUUUCU